AUGCAGUCCGACACCAUGCUAGAGCCCGCUAACAUCCCGCACCUUCCACUAGAGGUUCUGGUGCCCAUAAUCGCCCAAUCCGAAGAAACGCAAUGCUGCCUUAUCAACUUGCUGAGCAGGGGCAGCUUGAAAUGUGGAGAAUUACACAGUUUCACUACAGUCAUCUACACUCGAGGCGACCGUGACCAAGACGGUAAUUAUGCUCGUGGUUCCAUUGAACCCCUUCCAUAUCGACACCGAUGUGUGCAUGGAAUUGUUCGUGAGAACAGUGAGCCUGCCGUCCGCUUCAACCAAGCUGACGAGCUAUCAGUCGAGCUUCAAAGAUGGCAUCUGACCAAGCGUGUCAAUGUCAUGGAUAUAGGAACCGAGGAAGAUGUCUGUAAGGAGGCACAACGCAUCCUGGAAGAGAAGUGUUCAAAGGAUGGAGCGCCCGGCCUCGAUGCUGACUUUUACGCUUAUCACACUGUUGUUCACGACAUACGCCGCAUCUGGGACAGCAGAAUCUUGGAAGAUGGAGCGUCCGGCUUCGGGGAUAAAUUUGGCUUUUAUCACGGCAGGACUGAAGACUUACUCAACGUCUGGAACAGGGGAAUCUUUGACACUAUCCCACUUGCCAACGACAACGGUAGUGGUGGCAUCAAAGUAGAAACCAGCGAUGGAGCCUACGCCAAUCGCUUAAGUCCCGAAAGCCCCUAA